GUUUUUUCAAAGAGAGAGAGAGAGAGAGAUCAUACAAUCAAGAAGUAAAACUUGAAGAUGGAAAGAGGUGGAAGCUCUAAUUCAGGACUACCGAGAUCUGUUGCAGAGAUGGAUGGGCAAGGGCGUUUGAAGCGUGAUCCGGAUCAAUACAUGCCCAUCGCGACCCUCACGCGCAUCAUGCGGCGCGUCCUCCCCGACCACGCUAAGGUCGCCGACGACGCCAAGGAGACCAUCCAAGAAUGCGUCUCCGAAUUCAUCGCCUUCAUCACCACCCAAGCCAAUGAGGGCUGCCACCGCGAGUACCGCCGCACCAUCACCCCCAACGACGUCGUCUCCGCCAUGGACGCGCUCGGCUUCCGCAGCUACGUCGAGCCCCUCACUGUUUUCAUUAACAAACACCGUGCCCAAGACUGCUAUCCGCCGCGCCUCGCCAUACACCCACCUCCUCCGCCUGCUUAUGUGCCGUCUCCGCCGCAGCAGCAGCCGCCGUAUGGCGGCAACUAUUUGGAGUUGGCGCAAACGAGGGAUUACUUUAUGGGCUACCGUGGAGGAGAAGACUUUGAUCCUUUUAACUGAAAUGUUUAUGCACGUUCCUUAAAAUUACAUUGUUUAUGCUUUUCUUUUCCAAGGAAACUAAGCUUGGAACGUUUUUAUUCUAAAUUAUAU